UUCCCCUCUUUAAAGUCAUGGACAAAUCCCAGUACCAAUGAGACGACACUCUAUUGUCAACAUGGUAAUCGGGAAUGUGAACUAAAUGCUCUGCAUGCCUGUAUUGUGGAGCACAAUACGAUGCGUGAACAAUUGGAUAUGAUAACGUGUCUAUUGAAUGGUUAUUCCACAGAUGUUGAUACGUGUGCCAACCAAUUAAAUAUCGAUGUCACUGCGGCCAAAAAUUGCAAAGCUACCCGAUCAACGGUGGAUAUUUUAAAGAAAUAUGGUGACCUGACAGAUGCCAUUGAUAUGACAUUUGUACCAUCGAUUGGUCUUGGUGGGGUAUUUGACCCCUGGAAGCAAAGAAGUAUUCUACACAAUUUCGCCAGGGUAUUUUGUCGCAAAUAUCGAGAAAAAUAUGAUGUUGAUCUGCAAGAUUGUUAUUGA